CAUAAUUUGGGCGUGGUUUCGAACCGAAGUUCGGGCUCCAGGCCCAACCACCGCAUUUGCUCCUAACCGCAAUUCCGCAAAUGUCGCUUUGUUGGCGGAGGAGGCCGCAGUCAUCCUUGUCGCAUUUCGCAGCGGAAAGACUUUUUCUUUAAACGCCGCUCGCCGCUCGCCGCCGACGACUUCAGCGCUUGAAGUUCUCGCUAGAAUUCUAUUGUUUUUCGCUCCUGUAAUCUGUGAAGUUGGAGGGUGAUGUCGUUGUGGCAGAAGCAGCAACCGGUAGGAGAUGAAAAGGACGCAUUUUAUGUUGUUCGUAAGGGAAAUGUAAUUGGAGUCUACAAAAGCUUAAGUGAUCUGCAAGCCCUAAUUCGGUCUUCCGUUGGAGAUCCUUCUUUAAGUGUGUUUAAGGGGUAUUUCCUGCGCAAAGAAUCUGAAGAAUACAUUGCUUCUCGCGGGCUGAAAACUGCAAUGUACUCUGUCGAUGUUAAAGCUGUUCGAAAUGAUCUCUUUGGUUUACUUGUACCCUGCCCUUUCCGGCAACCAGGUUCUUCCAAAGAUAAACCCCUUGGCAAGGAACUUCCGGAGAAAAGGACGUUGGAAAUGACUGGAUCUGCUUUGUAUUCAGCUGCUGCUGCUCCACCAAGACAAGGGAAAUUAGAUAAUUUCCUUGAAGUCCCUCCAAUCUCUUCUUACUGCAGCUCCUGUAUUCUCGAGUUUGAUGGUGCGUCAAAGGGAAACCCCGGACUCGCUGGUGCUGGAGCAGUGUUGCGUGCAGCAGAUGGAAGUGUGGUUUUCCGGCUGCGUGAAGGUUUGGGCAUUGCAACCAACAAUGUUGCAGAAUACAGAAGCUUGAUAUUGGGAUUGAAGUAUGCUCAUGAGAAAGGAUUCAAACACAUACGAGCCCAAGGAGAUUCCAAGCUUGUCUGCAUGCAGACUCAGGGACUCUGGAGAACUAAGAACCAGAACAUGGCUGAGCUGUCGAAGGUGGUCAGGGAACUAAAGGAGCAAUUCACGUCGUUCCACAUCAGCCAUGUCGAUAGAGAAUACAACACCGAAGCUGAUGCUCAGGCAAAUCUAGCCGUGUAUCUAGAACAUGGACGGGUGGAAGUUGAAUGAGGCGGCGUGGAGCCCGCCGAAAGCCAAAUCACUUAACAACGUCGUGAUUUUGGGUUUUGGGGAGAAUCUGUGAAUCCUGCAGACUAACAAUGUGUGUAUGUAGUAGAAGAAGAUAUGCAGCAAAUUGUUGGGCUAUUAUUUAUGUAGAUUCACUUGACACUGCCCUUUCUCUGCCCCAAAAAAUAUAUGGAGCAAGUCACUUGUUCCACAAACUUUUAGGUGCUUUCAAAUAACUUAUUCAAAUAGCUGGCAAAAAGGUCAUGGGUGUUAUCUGGCAAAAUAUGAUUCUCAUGUGAGCAUAUAUUUUGUGAUCAGAAUUGGAAGGUCUU